CGGUUUCAUUAAAACCUGAAUCAUUUAUUUAAUUACAAAUACAAUCAGCCUGUUGUUGUAAUUGUUAUUAAUUGUUUAGUAGUCAUACACCUAUAACAUUAGAUAGAUAAAAAUUUAUCGGAAUAUAGGACAGUCAUUUUGUUCGUUAAAAUAAUAAAAAUAUAUUGAAAUUUAAAUUUAUCGGAGAACAGUUAAAAGCUAUUUUGUCAGUUUAUAUUUAGGUUAAAAAUAUAAAUUGUAAACAUUUAUUAUCGAUAAAGUUCUAUAGAUAAUUAGUAUAAUAAUUUUAAAGAUUAACAAAGUAUAACAUCAGUUGACAAAGAAUGUCUGAAUCAACAAAAACAUCGUCAACAACGACAACAAAGACAGUAUUAACAGCUGGUCGUCGUCGUAAACGAGCUCAACAAACUACCACUAAUUCCCGAUCACCAUCUCCAGAUACCUACAUAGAUCUGACAGUAGAUUCACCAGUAUUACCAAGACAACGUAAACAAUCUUCAACCAACAAAUCUCAACCUACCAGAAAUAACAUUGAAAUUCUAGACAAUACAAUAAUAAUUGAUGAUACAGAUACAUCACCAGCAAGCCGUCCACCUAGACCAGUUAGACAGAAAAGAACAAACCGAAGUGCUAGUAGUUCUGGAUCAUCAGUUGGUGGUUCUUCUGCGACUGUUACUACUUCUGGUACUGAAAAUGUUACCGCAACUGGUUCUUCAACUGACAUUGCCUCUACUGCACCUGAUGUCAUUGAACUCAAAGACCACGAUGCUGUAAAAAAUGGAGUUGAAAAAAGUAAGACAAAAUCUGAGGAACCAGCUUCUGCUGUAUUGUGCCCAAUAUGUUUUGAGGAAUUAUUGAAUACAUCCUUAAAGGCUAUGUCAACUAAAUGCGGUCAUAUAUUCUGUGAAAAUUGUAUUUUAAGUUUUCUUACUUCGGGAAAAAAAUGUCCAGUAUGUAUGGCUCCGGUUACUCGAAAAGGCUGUAUACGUCUUCAUCUUUAAUAUUCAUUUUUUUAAUAAUUAUUAAUUGUUUUUUAAACAGUAUUUUCCAUUAGAUUUAAUAAUAUUUUCUUAUUUUUUAUAUUUCAAUAGUUAAUCCCAUAAUAUUAAUUCGUAUUUUGAAAUAACUUU